AUGUCUGUGCUUUUAAGUAGAGUUAAUUACCCAGAAAUAGAGUGAAAUUCAAAGAAAGCUUCCUUACUGCAUAGAAGCUUGGUCUCUAAUCCAGUGCCGGAUCAAUCUUAUCAAGAAGUUGCCCAUAAAGACACUUUUCUUUAUCUCAUUAGGAAAGGCCAUAACAAUUGAGCUAAUUUGUCCAUAUAUGAUUCUAAAUGUGAAAGAGAAGAACUGAAAGUAUUAGAGACUAAAGAAUUAGAUUUGGGUACAUGCAUAGCCCAGCUUCCAAACUGCAAGUUGUUUUGCUUUGGCAGCUAUUAUGACUCUAGAAUUACCUUAAUAAUUGAUGAAAAUUAUGAAUUGCAAAAGUUGCCAUCUGGAGAGGCCUGCCACUGCUCAUCAGCUAUUUAUUUUAACAAAAAUGUUUAUUGCUUUGGAGGAGAAGAUGAAAAUAGUUUUUUAAAUCUCUCCAGUAAGUUUGAUUUAGAUCAAAAUCGAUGAUUUAAAUUAGCACCAAUGCCUGAAGCUGACUGCGCAUGUAAUAGUGUGUUAUUUAAUAGGAAUAUUUUGAUUUCUGGAUGAAAAAAUAAAAAUAUUUGGCAAUAUUCAACAAGUAUUGAUUCCUUCUCCAAAAUUUCUUAUGAUUUUGCAGAGUGGAAAAGAAAGAUCCUGAUAAAUGGAGAGAGACUGUAUCUGGUUGAGUGCCAAGGGAUGAUAUAUGAAAGUGAAGAUGAGUAUUCUUGAAAGCAAAUAGCGAAUUUUAUUCCCAAUCCUAAUCCAGAUCAAGCUUAUUGUUUAUAUAAUAAAGGAGAAAUAUAUAUUGGAAUUGGCACAUUUUAUUACAAUUUAUACUAUAGAUUUAGUUUGGAUAAAAAGGUUAUAACCGAACUCCAAAGAAGCAUAGCUAACAAUUUAUAA